AUGUACAGUUUAGGCGUUCCUUUGCCGCCAGCUUUGGACGGAGACAGUGCUCCGGUGCAUCUUCUGCCACCGCACAAGGCCUUCAACUGGAUCCACGAUGGAUCUGUAUUAGUCUUUGAUGUCACAGCCUGCGGCGAAGGCAGCAAGGGCCCGGCUGAAGUUCCAUGGCGCCUGCAGGAGGGAGGCCUGGUGCCCUACGGCUUUGCGACCCUGCUCCCCGAUCUCCCCGACGAAGCGAAGGCCAGGGUCUUCGAGGCACUCGUGGAUGACUUCUUCGGUCCCUCUGAGGUGCCGGACUUGGCGAUCGUCUUUGAGACCCCGAGGCCUGGCCCCAAGGCCAAAGCAUCUCCAGGCCAGGCCAUGGCCCAGUGGAUUCUGCGGAACAAGGCCCAGCCGCACCAGGUUUUUCUGGUGGAUCGUGACGAGUAUGCGAAAAAAUACCAGGGCUUGCAAGACGCAGCCGGCACUAAGAGGCUCACGGUUCCUUCGGAGAUCGUCGAGGAUGGCUUGUAUCUGGGGCCUCUACAGACAGCAACUUCGUCGGCGGUUCUGAAUGGCCUGGCGAUUACGCAUGUGCUCAGUGUGAUCGACCAUUCAGUCCCACUGCCCAGUGAUGCUCGGGUGGAGCAUCUCAGUCUCUGCAUCGAGGACCAUCCCGAUGCUGACCUUUACCCGGUCCUCAAGAAGGCUCUUCCCUGGCUACUCGCGGCUUUUGCAGAGACUCCUGGUGCCAGGGUGCUCGUGCACUGCGCGCAAGGUCGCUCCCGCUCGGCCAGCGUGGUGAUUGCCUGGUUGAUGUGUGUCAAGAGGGUGCUGGAAAGAGACGAGAAGAGCGGUUCUGCUGCAUUGUUUGGGGCCGUAAUGGGGAUCGUGAAGCAGCUUCGGCCAUCUAUCCAGCCCAACUAUGGCUUCGCAAGUGCUUUAGAGAAUCUCUUCCACGACGAAGGGGCACUUGCACCUCUGUUGAUGGGAAUGGAGGCCUUUUUGCAAGACCCAGGCGGCAGACGAUGGCAGCUUGCAUUGGGCUGA